AUGGGAUCGUGCGUGAAUUUUGAAAAGUUCAGUCCAUGUCGCAUAUUGGAAAUUUUCCAUCUCAAGAAUGAUUGGGACAUGAUUCUUGAUGUUGGAUACAGCAAGAGCAGGGUGAAAGAUAUUGAAGAAGCGACUAAGCAGAAAACUGUAUUUAAAGAAAUGACUAGCACUGAACUAGGGAGUGAUGAUUGUUCAACAUCAAGUUUCCCAUCCAUUACUGUUAUUGAGAAUGAGGAUUCUGCUUGUCUAGGGACCAGAAAACGGGUUAGAACAAUUCCCUGUGUUGAUGACACUGAAGGAUGUGAACGUGAUAGUAACAUGGGUGAUGAUAAGAAAAAUGACAUGAGUAUUCUUUCAAAAACUCCACGGUUUUUGAAUAAUUUAAAGAAACUAGUGUCAGCAUACUUUUUGACACGAUGCAAAUCUUCCUAUUCCUCAGGGAAACUUGUGGUUCAAGAUUCAUCUAUUGAUACUACUAAUGAAAGAGGGUCUGUUGUUGCGGCUGAAAGGAGUUGUGCCAAAAUAGUAGCAUUAAAGGAGAAGAAGUUCAGGGAGGACAAAAGUCCUUGGACAAAUCCUUUCCUUGAUGGUUUGUGCAAGUACCUAUCUUUCAAUAAGUUUAAGGUUAAGGUUGAUCUUAAACAAGGGGAUCUUUUGCAGUCUUCCAACUUGGUAUGCUUACUCAGCUUUGAUCGCGAUGCAGAAUUUUUUGCUACUGCAGGAGUAAAUAAGAAGAUUAAAGUUUUUGAAUGUAACACAACCAUAUAUGAGGAUCGUGAUAUCCACUAUCCAGUAGUGGAGAUGGUUAGCCAAUCAACAUUGAGUAGUACAUGUUGGAAUACUUACUUCAAGAGUCAAAUUGCUUCAAGUAACUUUGAAGGUGUUGUAGAGGGAGUUAGUGUUGGUACCAUCAAAACAAAGUCAAAUGUGUGUUGUGUUCGGUUUCCCCUUGAUUUUGCUCAUUUCCUUGCAUUUCGUUCAGCAGAUCAUCAGAUAUAUUACUAUGAUCUUCGCAAUCUGAAAGGGCCUCUUGUAUAA